AUGGCUUCUCACAAGCCCGACGAGACGGCCGUCACGGCCUAUUCCGCUCACUCUUCCCCGGUCAUCGACCCAAACGAGCAGCGUCGUCAGGCCCUCGCCAAGAUCGACAAUGCUCGCUUUGGCUGGCGUCACGUUCGUGCCAUCGUCGUGGCCGGUGUUGGUUUCUUCACUGACUCCUACGACAUCUUCGCCAUCAACAUGGCCUCCGCCAUGUUGGGUGUUGUCUUCUGGCUUGGAGCGAGCAAGAACCCGGGAAAGAUCCCCUCCAGCGCCGACACGGCUAUCAAGGUCUCGACUUCCGGUGGUACUGUUAUUGGCCAGCUGCUCUUCGGAUUCCUCGCCGACCGUGUCGGUCGUAAGCGCAUGUACGGUCUCGAACUGAUCAUCAUUAUCUUCUCUACCCUCGCCCAGGCUCUCUCUUCUGAUUCUCCGGGCAUGUCCAUCGUUGGUGUCCUGAUCUUCUGGCGUGUGGUCAUGGGUAUUGAAGUUAAUGGUAUCAGAUUCGCUACCACCAAGUGGAGAGGUGCGAUGAUGGGCGCUGUGUUUGCCAUGCAGGGUUUCGGUCAAUUGGCGGCGGCCCUGGUCGCUCUGAUUGUCACGGCCGGUUUCAAGGGUUCUUUGGAGAUGGCUGACAAGGUGAAUCACUGCACUGGUGCCUGCCACGAAGCUGUCGACAAGAUGUGGCGUACGGUCAUCGGCUUCGGUGCUGUGCCCGCCUGCAUUGCCCUCUACUACCGUCUGACCAUUCCCGAAACCCCUCGCUACACCUUCGAUAUCGACCGUGAUAUCGUCAAGGCCGGCGAGGACAUCAACGCGUACAUUGAUGGCAAGAGGGAGGGUCGCCCUGAUGAAGUCCAGCGCGCGGCCGUCCUGCAGGAAAAGAGCUCCCAGUUGGCUGCUCCCAAGGCUUCCUGGGCGGACUGGUGGGCUCACUACAGCCAGUGGAAGAACGGUCGUGUUCUACUGGGCACGGCUGGCUCUUGGUUCUUCCUUGACGUUGCAUUCUACGGUCUUGGUCUGAACAACUCCAUUAUCUUGACUGGUAUCGGCUACAAUGGUGGUUCUACCGUCUACCAGUACUUCUACAACAACGCUGUGGGCAACUUGAUCCUCAUCUGUGCUGGAGCUAUCCCUGGCUACUGGGUGACGGUCGCGACCGUGGACUGGAUUGGUCGCAAGCCGAUCCAGCUGAUGGGGUUUAUCAUGCUGACUGCUCUCUUCAUUGUCAUUGGAUUCGCUUAUGACCCUCUGAAGAACUCGCACAACGGUCUUCUUGGGCUGUAUGUGAUCUCGCAGUUCUUCUUCAACUUCGGACCCAACGCCACCACGUUCAUCGUUCCUGGCGAGUGCUUCCCCACGCGGUAUCGGUCGACCUCUCACGGCAUCAGCGCUGCAUCUGGUAAGAUCGGGGCCAUCAUCGCGCAGUGUGUGUUUGGACCGCUGAUCUACCGGGGUGCUCCUGCUGGCUCGUCCGACACGCCGUGGCUCAAGCAUGUCAUGCAGAUCUUUGCGCUGUUCAUGCUGUGCGGUGUCUUCACGAGUCUGCUGAUCCCGGAGACGAAGGGCAAGACUCUGGAGGAGCUGUCGGGUGAGGAGCCGUACUCGGCCAGCGCAGAGACCAUUGCUGCUCCUGAGGAUCAUGCGAAGCUGGCUGAGGAGGGCCGCAACGGGGUCAAGAACUAG